CGCGCUCAACAUGGCGCGAAUUGUCGCGCUGCUUUUGUUUAUCAGCGCCGUGGGCGCAGAGGUGCUCACUCCACCAUACUUUAACUUGGCGCUAGGGAAAAAAAUAACGGCAACGGCGACAUGUGGAGACGAAGGACCGGAGUUGUAUUGCAAGCUCGCCGGGGCCAAUGCGGACCACGAUGAACACGUCAUCCAAGGACAGGUUUGCGAUAUCUGCGACGCAACAAGCGAAUCCAAGAAGCACCCUCCGGAAUAUGCCGUGGAUGGCAUGGAGACCUGGUGGCAAAGUCCGCCUUUAUCCAGGGGGAUGAAGUACAACGAAGUUAAUCUGACGAUCGAUCUUGGCCAAGAAUUUCAUGUUGCAUACGUUUUUAUGCGGAUGGGCAAUUCACCGCGUCCAGGUUUGUGGGCGCUGGAGAAAUCUACAGAUUACGGCAAGACUUACAAACCGUGGCAAUUCUUCUCUGAUUCACCUCAGGACUGUGAGCGGUAUUUCGGAAAAGAAAGUUUACAGCCGAUAACACGAGAUGACUCGGUCAUAUGUAGUACUGAAUACUCCAAGAUUGUCCCCCUAGAAGGUGGUGAGAUUCCAAUUUCCCUGUUGAACUAUCGUCCUUCUUCGAACAAAUACUUCAACUCGUCAGUGUUACAAGAAUGGACUAGAGCUACCAAUGUGAGGCUGGUAUUCUUAAGAACGAAGAACUUAUUGGGACAUUUAAUGUCUGUGGCGAGGCAAGACCCUACAGUGACGAGACGAUACUACUAUAGUAUAAAGGACAUAAGUAUCGGAGGCCGGUGCAUGUGUAACGGUCACGCUGAUACUUGCGAUCCUGCAGAACCUGAAAGCGAUAGCAGCAUCCUGGUUUGUAGAUGCCAACACAAUACUUGUGGACCCCAAUGUGCCGCAUGUUGUCCAGGAUAUGAACAGAAAAAGUGGAGAAUAUCUCAGAAUUGGGACAGAUUCGCCUGUGAACCCUGUAACUGUCAUAAUCAUUCAACGGAAUGUGUAUAUGAUGCCGAAACUGAUGAGAAGCAUCUGAGUUUGGAUAUAUACGGGCGUUACGAAGGAGGUGGUAUUUGCCAAAACUGCCAACACAAUACAGAGGGGAUCAAUUGUAACAAAUGCAAACCAACGUUUUACCGUCCGUAUGGCAAAAGAUGGGAUGAAUUAGACGUGUGCCAACCUUGCAACUGUGAUUUGCACUAUUCUACUGGGAACUGCGCUGAAGAAACCGGUCGAUGCGAAUGCCGCGUGGAAUUCAACCCACCAAAUUGUGACUCUUGCGCUUACGGCUACUUCGACUAUCCCAACUGUAAACCUUGCAUCUGUAACUUGAACGGUACCGAGGGCGAAUUCUGUACUCCUACCGAUGGAAUGUGUCCUUGCAAAUACAAUUACGCUGGAAAAUCUUGUGAAAUUUGUGCUGAUGGUUACUACUCUCCUGAAUGCAAAAAUUGUGAAUGUAAUUCUGUUGGAUCUGUAUCACAAGUAUGUGACAAAACUAGCGGCAAUUGUACAUGCAAGAGCAAAUACAGCGGACGUACUUGUAACCAAUGUGAAGCUGGAUACUUCAACUACCCAACAUGCAAGCACUGCAACUGUGAUACAAGCGGCACCCAACCUAGCAUUUGCGAUGAUGUAACAGGACAGUGUAUCUGUAAACCUGGCUUUGGUGGUAUGCGGUGCGACCAGUGUAUUUCAGGUUAUUACAUGGAAGUUCGAGGCCGAGACAGGUCAUGUGUUCCCUGCAACUGUACCACAACUGGAUCGACAUCUACUAGCUGUUCAGCUGACGGCAAAUGUAACUGCUUAGUCAACUUCGGUGGCAAACAAUGUGAACAAUGCUCUCCUGGCUACUAUAAAUACCCCGAGUGCUUGCCAUGUUAUUGCGAUGAAUCCGGUACCAUUGGCUCAACUUGUGACGAUAACGGCCAGUGUCACUGCAAGCCUAAUUUCGACGGAGUCAAAUGCGACAAGUGCAAAGAACAAUUUUAUAACUUCCCAGCUUGUGAAGAAUGCAAUUGUGAUCCACGCGGUGUCAGAGCUUCAUUUGCAGGCUGCGGCUCAGUACCGGCCGGAGAGCUAUGCCAAUGUAAAGACAGAGUUCAAGGCCGUAUCUGUAAUGAUUGUAGAGAGCUCUUCUGGAAUUUACAAGAAUACAACCCACAUGGAUGUGAAGAAUGUAACUGUAAUUUGCCCGGCACUCUUGGUGGUCUUGGGGCGUGUAAUACCAAAAGUGGUCAAUGUACUUGCAAAAUGAACGUUGGCCAGAGGCAAUGUGAUCAAUGCGAAGACGGUUUUUAUAAACUUCAAAGUCACAACCUAUUCGGAUGCACAGCCUGUGACUGUGAUAUCGGUGGUUCAAUCGACAAUAACUGCGACAAGAACACCGGACAAUGCCGCUGCCACUCAAGAGUAGAAGGCAGACGAUGUGACAGGCCUAUUCCGGCUCACUACUUCCCAACAUUACAUCAGUUCCAAUACGAAGUUGAAGAGGGACUGACUCAAUCAGGACCAGUUAGAUACAGAAAUUCUGAAGAAGUUUUUCCUGGUUAUUCAUGGAAAGGCUACGUUGUAUUCUCUUUGCUUCAGAAUGAAGUUAUUAAUGUUGUCAAUAUUAUUAAAUCAUCGUUAUAUCGCAUGGUCUUGAAAUACGCUAAUCCCUUGAAAGAUCCCAUAACGGCGACCAUUAUUAUCACACCAGAAAGCAUAACAGACACACAACAGAGAUUCAACGUCCAUCUGAGACCGACCGUUCAGCCACAACUCAUAACUGUCCUACUCGACAAAGGGAAUGCACCUGCUCCAUUUGUGAUGAAUGCCGGAAAUUGGACUGUAACUAUUAUGACGACAAAGGAAGUGAUGAUUGACUAUUUCGUACUCAUACCAGAAGCAUAUUACGAAGCAACCGUUUUAACAAAGGUUGUUGACAAGCCAUGUAUAAUAGGAGAAAAGAAACUCUGUAGACACUUUGCUUAUCCGAGUCUCAACGGGAAACCUUAUUCAGAUAUCACAAGUAUUGUUACUCCUAUCAAUGAGUUUAUUGAUGAUCCAGAGCAGCUAGAAGCAUAUUCGGCAGAGGCCAACAGCAUACCCUUGCUCAAUAGCAAUCAAAAUGAACUUGAGUACAACAUGAAAAUUGAUCCAAGUGGCCCAUAUAUACUAGUGAUCGAAUAUGUAACACCAGUAAAUAAAACUGCCUUGACUAUUAGUGAAGCUUCAAGUGGCCAUUAUGACCUUACACCUAAAGGGAUAGUUACGAUACGUUUCCAGUCUGGAGAUGGGCCAGAGAUAUAUGCAUUGGCAAAUCUAAACGAUUGUCCAUACACAUCACCCUGCAGACAAGUCAUUGUAGAUGACAUAUCAAAGAUAUUCGUUUUCAACGUACAAGAUCCUAAUAACGUUGUACAUUUAGAAGCUGAUAUAGGUACAUUAGCGGGCAUAAAAUCAAUUGUGGCAAUUCCAGAAUCUGAAUGGCAUCUUGACAACAUAACUCCACGUCCAUAUUGCUUAAACCGUGAUGGACGAUGCAGUCCCGCUAUAUUUUCAAAAGCGGUGAAUUCUAAAAAGGUUGAGGUAGAGUCGGGAGUAGGAGGCGAUAGAGAAACAAGACCACCGAUUCUAGAUAAUUCAACAGUUGUGGUUUACCUGCCGCCUCAACCAGAUACGAUAAAAAUAGAGUCAAAAGUACCAGCGCCCGGUGAAUAUGUCGUUAUCCUACACUAUUAUCAACCUGAUCAUCCGGAAAGCUACCUCGACUUCGAAUUGAACGCCGAUGGCCAACAAUUUGAAUCCAGUGUGCCUAUUGAAUACUGCCCAUCUAACUCAGGAUGUAGAGUCCUUUUAAAGCAAAGUGAUGGAAAUAGAAAUUUCCCUAUUACAGAAAACGUUACAAUUACCUUCAAAGGCGAGAGAAGCAACGGUGUAUGGCUUGAUUAUAUACUUAUAGUGGAUAGAGUUGACUAUGUAGAUUCUGUUUUAAAAGAAUCAAAUAUGGUCGACUACACACGGGAAUUUAUUGAGCAAUGUGCAACAAAUCACUAUUCCAUUGCCUCUAAUACCACAGGAUUUUGCCGUGAUGCGAUGUUUUCAAUUACGAGCGAAUAUAAUAGCGGAGCUUUAAGUUGUUUCUGCGACUUCCUGGGCUCUACGGAGCUAGAGUGUAACACAUUUGGCGGACAAUGUCCUUGCAAAUCCAACGUUAUUGGGCGCACCUGCAGCGCCUGCAGAACUGGGUAUUAUGGAUUCCCUGAGUGUAAGCCCUGUCACUGCCCGUCAACGGCAAUCUGUGACGACUAUGGUCAAUGUAUAUGCCCAAAGAAUGUAGAAGGUGAUAAUUGCGACCGUUGUAAGCCAUACACAUUUAAUUUCGACGUGCAGCGCGGGUGUGAUGACUGUAAUUGUAAUCCUUUGGGUGUUAUUGACAAUCAACUACAAUGUGAAGCCGAUAGUGGAAAUUGCGCAUGCAAGGAAAAUGUUAUAGGUCGUACAUGUGAUCAUUGCGUGCCCGGUUUUUAUGCAUUCCCAGAAUGUGUCAGAUGCUCCUGUGACGUCGAAGGAACAACCGAAGAUGUUUGUGACCAAAACACAGCACAGUGCUAUUGUAAGAAGCACGUUCGAGGGCAGGCUUGUGACACUUGCAAGGAUGAAUAUUUCAAUUUACAAGAAGAUAACCCAGAAGGUUGCACAAAAUGUUUCUGUUUCGGAAAGACAACAAGAUGUACAAGCUCAUAUUCGUCGUGGGUAGAGAUCAAUGGCAUGAGUGACUGGUAUUUGGUUAAUAUUAUAUCAAACAAAACGCUUAACAUUUUCCCGUUAACCAUUUCUCCCACUGUACUCAAUGAAUCAGUUAUUGGAGCUGAAUUAGCAGGCAACGACGAGGAAGGCCAGAAAGUCGUAUAUUUUGGAGCACCUGACUAUUACUUGGGAAAACGUCUAACAUCAUACGGUGGUUACCUUUCGUACUACAUAUUUUACACAACUCAUGACAAUGGUCACGCUAUCGCAGCUGCAGAUGUUAUAUUAGGCGGUCCUACCGGAUACAUAGUACAUACCAGCAUUGAACAACCACCAUCUAGAGAAGAAUGGUACCAUCGAGUUCGAUUUUCUGAAGACGAGUUUACACACCUCGAUGGUUCACCUGUUACGAGAGAUCAGUUUAUGAAUAUGCUAGUGAAUGUUACCAGCAUAUUUAUAAGAGCUACUUACUGGCACGAGGCUGUUACCACAAGAUUAACUGCGGUUAUCUUGGACAUUGCUGUAGAUGAAUACAUAGAAGGAGCAAAAAGAGCCCUAUCUGUUGAAGAAUGUCAGUGUCCAAAAGCAUAUAAAGGACUUUCUUGUGAGCAGUGCGCAGAAGGAUACUAUAGGUUAAGCUCAGGACCCCACGCUGGACUUUGCGUCCCUUGUCAAUGUAAUGGUCAUUCCAGAGGAUGCGAUGUUAACACCGGGAUUUGUUUGGAAUGUACAGAUAACACAAUGGGAGAUCACUGUGAGCACUGCAUAGAGGGAUAUCACGGCAAUGCUACUAUUGGAACGCCAAAGGAUUGCUUGAUUUGUGCGUGUCCCGUACCAUACGCUUCAAACAAUUUCGCCAUAGGAUGCAAUCUAAGCGAAAAUGGAUCUUUAAUAUCUUGUAUGUGUAAGCCUGGUUAUGGUGGGCCGCGUUGUGAAUUUUGUGCUGCGGGAUACUACGGCGUUCCGGAGGAAAUAGGCGAUUAUUGCAAGCCGUGCAACUGUUCCGGAAAUAUAAAUGCUGACGAUCCUAGCUCAUGUGACAGUAUAACAGGAGAUUGCCUUAAGUGUGUCAACAAUACAUCUGGAAUAGCAUGCAACCUCUGCGCUCCAGGCUUUUACGGUGACGCUGUGUUCUCCAAAAAUUGCACAGCUUGUAUUUGUGAUGAGUAUGGUAUGGAGCGUUGUGACCCCACGACUGGUACUUGCAUUUGCCGACCUGGUGUCAUCGGUGAGAGCUGCGAUCGGUGCGCGCCUGACCACUGGGGUUUAAGCUCUGGCCAAGGUUGUACGCCUUGCAAUUGUGGUAUUGCGUCAAAUUCAUCACAAUGUGACGAAGUUGGACAGUGCAGAUGUGCCAUAGGUGUAACCGGAAAACACUGUGAUCAAUGUGCUGCUGGUUAUUGGAAUUACACAAAAUCCGGAUGUAGCCAUUGUAACUGCAAGAGUGGAUAUUCCGUUGGGUUUAGGUGUAAUGAAACUGGGCAAUGUGAAUGCCUGCCGGGCGUCAUUGGAGAAAAAUGUGACCGGUGUCCUGAUAGAUGGGUUCUUAUCCCACAAGAGGGUUGUCUUGAAUGUGAUUCAUGUACAGAUGCAUUAUUAUUUUCCGUGGAAGAUUUAAGCUACCUCUUAGCAAAUGAAACAUUGGAAUUUAAGGAUAAGGCGGACUCAUUCUUUACAACGCAGCGGUUAAAUUAUAUAUCUAAUCAAACUGAAGCUCUGAAACCAAAAAUUGCUGAAUUACAAGGCGUCGACCUUGAUACAGUCACAUCGGCAGUGAAAGGUUUAGAAACCAGUGCGAAAAAUUUACUGCGAUCGGCCGAAUUUGCAGCUACGGACAGUGAUAAGCAAAUUUUAAGAGCAGCUGAGUUGACUGCCGAUGCAGAUAAAGUCCUCGCCUCUGUUAGAGAGAAUAGCGAAAAGGCAAAGGAUUUAGUCGAACAUAUAGCUGAACUAGCUACAGGACUUGAACUUAGUCAACAACCAAAAGUGGAUAGCGCAUUAACAGAAGCUAUGCAAAUCAAAAAUGAUAUCAAAGCAAAGAGUCUACAGCCGCAGGAAGAAAAUGCGUUAAAUGCAGUGACAAAUGCAUCCAAGCAAAUAGAAAGAAUGAAUGUUUUUGUGCAACCUGUCAAUGAACAAGGAAAGAAAUUUGAGAAAAUAUCUAACGAUACUCGAGAACUCAAGAAAAAAUUGGAUGAAAUGUUAGAAUACACUGACUUGGCACAACGUGUGGCGUCAGACGCUGAAAAACUCAACGAGAAAAACAGAAAAUCUAAAUUUGGUACAAAGGUUCUCUCUGUAACCAAGUUAAAUGGAGCUGCAAUGAAAGAUCUUAUUGACGCUGCUAUGGACAUUAAUAAUGCCACAUUCUAUACACUAGUUGUAGAUGGGAUAGUUAAAAAUUCUUCUAAAAAUUUAGACAAUAUUACUAAGAUAAAUGACGAGAUGAAAGCCACAUUAGACAGAUUCCAAGAUGAAAUGCCUGAGUUAACAAAUUUGACUGAUGUGGCGUUGCAUCAUUCGCGAAAUCUGAGAGAUAGAGCUGACAGCUUAAGAGCACUAGCUGAAAGAGAGAACAAUAACACAAGGACCCAACAUGCUUAUAGUGCUGCAUCUGCCUAUUCGUCAAUCGUUCAAGAAAUUGGUGAUGCUAAAAAAGCGUGUGAUGAUGCGGAGGAACCUAUUGUAAAUGCAACGAACAUUAAAAAUGACCUGAAUGGCAGAGUAGGGCCUUCGCGUGAUAGGUCAAUUUCUCUUUCCGCCACUGCGUCUAAAGCCCUAGGUACAGUAGAAGAAAAACUAAGACCUAAUCUUACAUUAGCAGAGGCUGCCCUAAAGAACGCAUCGUCUACUCUAAGUUACGCUGACGACGAAAAUAAUGCUAUUAAACUGUCCCUCCCUUCGCCACCUCCUGUUAAUCUAGAUGACGAGAUUGAAAAGGCAAAUAGAGUUACCAAAAUGGUAAAAGCUACCAAGGAUAUUAUGUCUGGUCUAGGAGGCGAUUUAACUGCGAGUAAAGAUUGGGCUCAGUCUUUACCAAAACUUGCUGAUGAUGCUCAGAAAAUGACGUCUAAUAUAGAGAACUUAAUCAAAAGCAUUGAUGAUAUGAAUCCACAAAUUUCGUCAACCUACCGCACUGUUAAGAUGAAACAAGAAGAUCUAGAAAACAGACGUAAAGAUGCUGAUGAAAAAUUACAAAAACUAAAAAGUGUAAUUGAACAGGCCCGUACUGUAGCCAACCGUAUUCAAGUAGGAGUGACAUUCGAUCGCUGGUCAACUCUCCAACCUCGCUUACCGGAAACAGUUGAUGAAAUGUCUACUUCUACACACGUCUCGGCUUACUUCCGCACUAAAGAAAAGGAUGGUUUCCUAUUAUACCUCGGAAACCCGAAAGAUACUAUGCUGCGUAGAACCAAAUCGGAUGAUUUCAUGGUUGUUGGAAUACAAAACGGUUAUCCUUACCUAGUAAUGGAUAUUGGAGAUAGUGCGGAAUCCGGCAGAGAACCAGCGAGAAUCAACAGCGAUAAAUUAGUUGACGACAAUCGCUGGUAUCAAGUCAUCGUAGACAGGGUCGGAUCGAACGUCAAAUUUUCAAUACGAGAGAGCCUUGAUAAUGGCUCAGAAAUUGUGCAUGUGAAGACCGACACCUUACCUGGACAACACACGAUAUUCAAUUUGGAUCGCCAAAAGUCCAAGCUGUAUGUAGGAGGAGUACCAUCCGAUGCGAAAUUGCAGGGCGUUAGUUUCCCUGCUUUUGAGGGACAAAUUGAAGAAUUAAUGAUAGGAGACACCCCUGUUGGCUUGUGGAACUUCGAAAGCUCAGCUAACUUGAAGGGAGCUAGACAAAGAGAUAAAUUAAUAACAUCACAAUCGGGCCCUCAAGAAUACCGCUUUAACGGACGCUCUCACGUUAUUAUGCCUGGUCAGAGAUACCUCAGCCCGCAGAAGAACCAAGUGUUGCUAUUCUUUAGAACGUAUGCUACUGACGGAUUAAUAUACCUCGUAGGUGAAAAUAAACACUUCUUCUCCAUACAAAUGAAGGACGGCAAGGUUUACUUACAGGUCUCAUUAGGAAAUCCUGAUGAUAUGGUUGUCAUUGCAACAACAAAAACAUACAAUGAUGGUAAAUGGCACAAACUCGAUGCUGGAAGGUACUUCGGCUCCUGUUCUUUGAGAGUUGAUAACGAAAUACUCAAAAUGAUGUCAACAUCUGAUAUUAAAGAAAUACCAGUAUUAGACACAAUGAACUUUGGUGGUGAUAACAAAGAAAUAAAUCAAGUAACCAGUAAAGGCUUUGAUGGAUGUAUAAGACAAAUAAGUAUAGACGGUAUUAACAUAGAUUUAAGUGAGAAUGUCGAAUCUGUUGGAAUAGCAUACGGUUGUCAGUUUGCAUCACUAGUAUCUUUGUCUGGAGAAGAGAGCUACCUACGUUUUGUGGAUAUACCAACGGAAAACUUCCAGUUGACUCUGAAAUUUAAGACGUCAGAUCCAAAUGGUCUCUUAUUUAUUUACGUCAGUAGAACGCAGACAACGUCCAUGCCUGAUAGUAUAUCGUUGUCACUAAUUAAGGGAAAGCUGGUAUUGAUGAGCCAACGCGAACAACUCGACACCGGGCUUAGUACUUACAAUGAUUCCCAAUGGCACGUAGUAACGGUCUUACACAACGAAAAGGCUUUGAGGCUAGUUGUAGACGAUUUUGAUUACUUUAGCACGGAUUCAGCACCAGCUCCACUACACAUCCUAGGUGGAGUAUUAUUCGUGGGUGGCGUACAGCCUGGGUACGUUGUGGGAGGAAAAGUCGGUUCGAAAACACCAUUCAAGGGAUGCAUAGCCGACGCUACAUUGAACGGACAAGUGCUGAAUCUUCUGGAGCCGUAUAGCAACCAAAGCGUUACUUUCGGAAGAUGCGGUACAACUAUAAGUACCGGCGGUGUACCACCAGAUCAAGCAUCAUGGGCAAUUCCAACGAAGAAUGACAUUCUACCCACACCCAAAUUACCUCCCUUGUUACCUGAACCAGAAGUACCAGACAGAGAAAACGAGAUAUAUGAACCAGAGGAGCCUGUCACCACAUUACCAACAUUACCACCACCUACAUACGCUCCAACAACCACGAGGCCGCCAUUUGUAACUACAACAAGACGUGUCGCGACGACAACCAAACGACCACCACCGCAACCUGAAUCGGGUUGCGCUCUAGCGUAUGAUCCACAAUAUGGCAUAGGAGAUCCCGAAGAAGGAUAUAGAUUUGGAACAAGGAACGACAGCCGUAUAGAAUACGCCAAACUCCCAGGCAGACAACUAGAAGGAUUCGAUUUGACAAUUACGUUUAGAACGUUUGAUGAUGACGGUGGCCUAAUUUUCUAUGCAGCAGCAGAAAGAAACCCAAGUCAAUUCUUAGCUUUAUACAUGAAAGAUGCAAGGCUCCACUUUAGCUUUAACUGCGGCGGGGAAACAGCAUUAGUAUCGUCAACACAAACGUACAACGGCGCCGAGUGGCAUUCAGUGACGUUGGUCAGAAACGGUGGUCAUGGCAAGCUCACGGUGGACUCGGAGAGAAUCGGUGAAGCCAGCGUCUCGUGCUAUGCACCCGCUGUGCUGGCGCCCCCAUAUUACUAUGGAGGCUUAAGGAACAUCAGUAACAGUAUCAGCCAGAACCUACAAAACUUCUAUCAACCUUUCAUGGGUUGCCUCAAGGGACUCAUGAUGAACGGUCAAUACGUCACAGAUGUUUUGAACAGAGUGAAUUCUCUUCGGUGCUCGGAUAACAUCGAAGACGGUGUGUACUUCGGACCAUCAAACAACAUGCAUAGCAAUUAUUUGAAACUUCAAGAGAACUUCAAAGUAGGUUACGAGAUUUCCAUUUCAAUGGAAGUGAAACCGCGUAAUUCUACUGGACUGUUACUGAGUGUACACGGAAAAAGAGACUUUAUGAUUCUAGAGUUGCUGGAAAAUGAAGUGAUCGCUAACGUCGAGAACGGGAAAGGUCCUUUCCAUGCGAGCUACAAGCUUGGCGAUAAGUUUUCUUUGUGCGAUGGAAAUUGGCACAGGAUUCAUGCCGUCAAGUCACGUCACGUGGUAUCUGUGGGAGUAGAUGGUCACUUUUCUGACGCCGGCCUGGGUCAGUCAGGUUCCACCGACACUCGUUCGGCGUUAUACAUCGGAGGUCAUGAGCGCCCAAUAUCCAAAGUGCGAGGAGUACGAUCGAAGAGAGGUUUCACUGGAUGCAUCAGAAAUAUUGUUAUCAAAGAAACUCAAAUACAAAUACCACUUACAGCGGCGGGAAGAAACACUCAUAUUGGCGUGUGUCCCAAUGAUUAAAUAAAAGCUCACAAAUGAAGACAUGAGCGGAUGAAGUGGGUAACUAAUAUUUUACAAACUAAGAGAAAUUACUCA